CCUCCUCGGAUUGGAACUACUCGCGCGAUCCCUCGCACCCACCCUUUCUCCCCCCAAAUCCGUUCCGGCUACACCCCCGACUCUGUUUGGGCUCUCUCUUUAUUUUCUUGCCCUUUGAACAGCGUCUUCUUCCGAUCAAUCGUAUUUGCGCUGAUACGGUCCUUGGCUUCGGAAUCGCCAGGCGAGCGUCUGCAUAGGCGCCCCGUAGUUCCUGGCCGCGAUUAACGUGGCGCGAGCAUUGGGGCCGAGAAGCGGGCAGUAAACCCUCCGUCAGAAGGUACACCCUUGUGUUCGUAUUGUAUCUGACAGAGGAGAUUGGUCCUAAGCAUGGGUGCUCGAAAGCAAAAGUGGACUUCAGAGGAAGAGGCUGCUCUUAGAGCUGGCAUAGCAAGGUAUGGAGUGGGAAGUUGGCGCCUGAUUUUGAAAGAUAAAGACUUUAGUUCCAUCUUGAGCUGCCGGUCAAAUGUUGAUCUAAAGGACAAGUGGCGCAACAUCAACGUAUUUUUCACCGAAUCAGGCUCUAUGGAUAAGGAAAGGACUGCCACGAAGAAGAACCGAGCUGCUCCUAGGAGGAAUGAUCACCCAAUGGCAAACAGCAUAGUUGCUUCUGAUGUUGAUGACGAAAUUGUUGAUGAACAGCCUAUAGCAUCAAUGUCAAGUGAACUGUGGAAUGUUUCAAUUCCAAAGAAAUCGCGGUCAAGGCUAAACAAUAUCAUAUUGGAAUCUGUCAAGAACUUGAAUGAGCCUACAGGGUCACACAGCACUACGAUUGCUAAGUACAUAGAGGAGGAAUAUUGGCCACCUAGUGAGUUUGAUCGCAUAUUGUCUGCAAACCUGAAGGACUUGACCACCAGUGGAGAACUGAUAGAGGUUAAUCGGAAGUACAGGAUUGCACCUGCACCUGGUUCAAUGUACUCUGAGGGACGAAGCCCCGAAACACUGCUGCUAGAAGACAUGCAAAGAGAGCCCCAGAAAAUAGAGAGUGAUGAGAUUAAAACCCCUACAAAAUCUCAAGUUGAUUUUGAAUUGGCGGAUAUGAUAACCAUGACCGCCAAAGAGGCUGCAUCCGCUGCUGCUCGUGCAAUUGCAGAGGCAGAGGCUCUCAUGGCAGAAGCUGAAGCAGCGACAAGAGAAGCGGAGGCGGCAGAAGCAGAUGCCCAAGCUGCACAAGCUUUCGCGGAAGCAGUAAGGAACAGAAACGUCACAGAACUGAUCAUGGCCCAGUCUUGAUGCUGCUACCCUGAGCCGCUCCAGCCCAGGCCCAGCAUUGACGCAGGAUGCAGAUGAUGCCGUACCUCACACUUGAAUUUUUGGUUGGAUCAACAACAGCCGCCCUCCUUUUUCUUCUUCUUCUUCAAAAACAAAACAGCCAGGCUCCAGUUUCACCAGCGUAUGUUCCUGGAACAGCAAUGCAGCAACAGCAGUGCC